UGGAGUGACAAGACCUUGCAUGCAUUUUAGUGUGAGAGAGAGUGAAAGAGAUGUCGACUAAUAUAGUGAAUGUGAUGAACGGGAUUGUUCGUCCCACAGCCAAAUUUCAGGCGUCUAUUUGGGGAGAUCAUUUUCUUAAAUAUGCUUCUUCUACUCAUGAUUCAUCUGACAAUCAUACAAGACACCAAGUUUACAUUGAAUUGAAAGAAAGAACAAGGAAAAAACUCACGUCCAAAACGAUGAGUGCGUCCGAGAAGUUAAACUUUAUUGAUGUUAUCCAACGACUUGGUAUAAAUUAUCAUUUUGAAACUGAAAUCGAACAAGUUCUCCAAUGCAUUAAUAUUGAUAGUCAACGCAUGAACAACGACUACGACUAUGAUGAUCUACGUACUUGCGCUCUCCGUUUUCGAUUACUAAGGCAACAAGGAUAUAAUGUUUCUUCAAGUUUGUCUUUACUUCUUCUUCUUCUUCUUUCCCUCUAUUUAUUUCAUGAAAAAUGCGAGUUCAAUACAUCCGUAAGAAAUGACGUAAUAGGGAUGUUAAGCUUACUAGAGGCCUCACAUUUGAGGUUCCGAGAGGAAAAUAUAUUGGAGAAAGCAUUCAAUUUCACCACAAAGCAAUUUGAGACUAUGUUAUUGCAUGAUCGUGAUCUCAUUGAUCUCAUUAAUCCCCACCUUGCCCAACAAGUUAAUAAUGCUCUCAACCAAUCAUUGCUUAAGGGUUUUAUAAGAAUGGAUGCAAGAAGUUACUUCUCCUUCUAUGAGAAUUGCAAUACACACGAUAAAAAAUUACUAGAGUUCGCAAAACUCGAUUUCAACGUGUUACAGAGAGUGCAUCAAAAAGAAUUGGCAAAACUCACUAGGUGGUGGAAAGAUUUAGACUUUACAAAUAAAUGUCCAUUCGCAAGGGACAGACUUGUGGAGUGCUACUUUUGUGCUUUGACAAUUUACUUUGAGCCUAAAUAUGCAUAUGGUAGGGAAGUGUUUACUAAGGUGAUAUCAUUUUUGUCUAUAUUGGAUGAUAUAUAUGAUGCUUAUGGUACUUGGGAAGAACUUGUGUUAUUCACCGAUGCAAUUAAUAGGUGGGAGAGAAUCGACUCAAAUGAAUUAUCAGAAUAUAUAAAAUAUUUUAAUGAUGCACUUCAUGAUUAUAUGGAAAUCUUAAAGAAUGAAUGUAUUGAAAGAAAAUUUGUUGAUGGCAUUCAUUAUCUCAAACAAAUGGUGAAGGUUAUGGCAAAUGCAUAUAUGGAAGAGGCAAGAUGGCUUCAUAAAAAAUAUAUCCCUACACUAGAAGAAUACAUGAGUGUGGCGUUGAUUACAGCUGCAACUCGAUUCUUGAUUGUCGCAUCAUUUAUUGGAAUGGAUCCUAUUUUAGCAACUAAAGAUGCUUUUUGUUGGGCAUUUGAAGAUCCUCCCAUUGUGAAAGCAGCUGCUGUCGUUGGAAGAAUCAUUGAUGAUAUUGUCGGCUUCAAGUUUGAACAAGAAAGGGAACAUGUAGCAUCAUCAGUACAAUGUUACAUGAAUCAACAUGGUGUGUCGGAAGACAUAGCAAUAUUUGAGCUAAAAAAACAAGUGACAGAUGCAUGGAAAGAUAUCAACUUUGAGUUAAUUCAACCAACUAAAGUAUCAAGGGCUUUACUUAGUCGGGUGGUUGGUCUUGCCAUUUUUAUGGUAUUUUAUCGAGAUGAAGAUGGAUACACACAUCCUCACUCCAAGGCAAAAGAUCUUGCCGAUCUGUUUGUCAACCCUAUUGAUGUGUAAUGACAUAUUUCCUUGAUUAAGUUUCAUUGGACCAUCGUCCCUUCUUUCUAAGUACUACAUGAUGCAAAACUAUCGAUUUUCUUAUACUAUCUUGAAGCAAUAUUUCUAUAAAUAAUCUGUCAAAAAACAUCUUAUGUGUAUUACUUUUACUAUUAUCAAUGAACAUGCAUAGU